GAUUCUUCCGCCGACACUGCAGGGAGAGUGAGAGAGACGCCGAGAGCGACGUCGUGGCAGCGCUAGGAUUUCGAGCACCGCUGCUGCUGCUCUGCUCGACAGUGUUAAAAAGUCGAUAAAUCGUCGAACGGAAGGGCUGCGUCCGCCGAGCGAGGCGGGUAUAGUUUCCGAGUCGGAGGUGUCGUGCAGGACGGAAGCCGCCUCGAAAAUGGACAUCAGCCAGGCACUGGGCGAGGACGAGUUCGACCCGGUCGACCUGAUCAACAAGAUCUGCAGGACCGAGGAGGCGCGCGAGAACGUCGAGACAUACCUCUCAUCGAUCUUGAUGAAGUUACAAUUGUACGUUCAACAAGUGAACGCUUCCCUCGAGGAGACCAGUCAAAAUGUCCUAUCCAACAUGCCGAAAGUUCUCAGGGACACUCAACUUCUGCAGCAAGAGGCGCUGGCGCUCAAAGAGAAGAUGCAAACCGUCAAAAAGGAGUUGGAAAAUGUAGAAAAGGGCACAACUUCGUCCAUACAAAUGCUCGAGAAGCUGGACAAGAUAAAGACGGAGUACAUAAACAAAACCGAAGGUCAGAGGGAGUCGGAUAACUGGGCAGCGGCCACCAACGAGAUCGAAGACAUCUUCGAGUCCGGCGACGUGGAAAAAAUCGCUGACACGCUGUGCGGUAUGCAGAAAUCCUUGUCCGUCUUGAUCAACACUCCCGACUACGAGGACAAGAAGCUGCAACUGGAAGGCUUGAAGAAUCGACUGGAAGCCUUGACUAGCCCCAAGCUUGUGCAAGCUUUUACCGCUGGAAGUUUGGAUCAAUCAAAAAUAUACGUGGACGUCUUUACGAAAAUGGAUCGUUUACCCCAGCUAAUCAAAUAUUACUACAACUGUCAAAAAGUGUCUUUAGCGCAAGAAUGGCGUAAGACUAUCGAAUUUGCACAAGAUGAAAAUGUUAUUUAUUGGCUACGAGUCUAUUACGACAAACUGCUAUCCGUCUGGCACGAUCAGGUAAAAUGGUGCAAUCAAGUCUUUCCGAACCUCUCGCUAACAACUUUGGUGGAACUUCACACGGAUCUCCUGCAGAGCUUAGAUCCAAGUAUUGGCGAUUGCAUCGAGGCGGCCUUGAAGCAACAAUCCAACUCGGUCAAGCUUUCGAUUUUAAUGGAGCUCAAACAGAUGACCCGUCAGUUCGCAGUGAGUCUCAGCAGUGUGCUUGACACGGCACCGCAGCAGGAGCGCAUCGCUGACGACAAAGCUCAGGGUCUGGCGCGCGCUGUCUACGCGCCCUUUAUCCCCUACAUUAACAAGUACGGCAUCUACGAGAGCUCGCACCUUGGCCAGCAGCUCAAUGCCCUCGAAUUUGCUCAAGAGGAUCUAAGUGAUACGAUAAGCGCCCUAUCGCUCAGCGUCUCCAAGGUCAUGGAUUAUGCUAACGAGGCUAACAAGCGCUGCAAACUAUUCACCGAGGGCUGUGCCUAUCCCAGCCUCGUUAAAGCUUUCAACACCUUCUUUAACAACUAUCAAGAGAAGUUCAAGAUCGGAAUGAAACAAUUAAACAAACGCAAAGUCAAACACGAAGAUUGGAAUUUAUUCCAAAUGUGUCUGACGUUGAUGCAAACUACUGGGGAAUUUCUGGGAUUACUCGAGCAAUUCGAAAAGAGUUUGCUGACUGAUAUAAUAAACGUUUACAUCAAAUUGCAAACUCCCGAGAAAAACGUUUUCCUUCAAUACAAGACUCUACUUUUGACGCCAGCGGCCCAAAGCGAACUACAAGAAUUUAUUACAACUAUUCAAAAAGAAGAAAAAUCUAUUCUGGAUUCUACUAUGAAGUCAGUUCAGAAACUCUGCUCGGAUUUGCAUAGAUCAACAUAUGAAGUCAUUUUUGCGCCUAUUUUCACUCAAUUACUAUUAGUUCGAAAGGCGCCUGCAUGGUCAGCAAAUGCAAAUAAAACAUCUACUAUAAGUUCAGACUUGCCAGACUUUAGUUUUGCUCCCCAAGAGUACAUCACUCAAGUGGGACAGUAUUUAAUGACCUUACCUCAACAUUUAGAACCGUUUUUAUUAAGAGACAAUCCAAGUUUGACGAAAACUUUAAAAGCAGCUGAUUCUCAGUACAGUCAAGAAUCUUGUGAAUCUGGAUUUACGAAUAUUCUAUUAGGAAUAGUAGCUAAAGAAACCUGUCAAAUGUUUCAAGAUCAAACGUGGGGAAUAUACGAAUUAAAUGCCGCGGCAUGCAAACAACUUGCCACUGAUAUUGAUUAUCUUGGAAACAUAUUGGAAGAACUUGGAUUAUCGUUGUCAGAAAAUUUACAACAAAUGUCCCAAUUACUCCGGAUAGCACCAGAAGACUAUCAGAACGGCAGCGUAGGCUGUAAUCCUCGUGUUGUGGCUGCGGUUCGACAAAUGAGAAACAUUACUUCUUCAGGAUAAUCGAAUUAAUUUGAAGCUACCUUCUUAAAGAUAACCAAUUAAAAUAUGUUUAGCAUUCGGAUGUAAAUAUGCAAAUAAUGUUGAGAAUUAUAAAUUGUACAUUAUUUUAUUUAAAUAUACAUUAGAGCUUUAUUCAUUUCGCUUUGUAAAGAUGUCAUGUAUAACAAAAUACAUUAAUUGUGUCGUCUUGAAAGGUCGGCCUCGCUAGUUACAUGAUCUUCAAAGUACAGUAACGAGUAUUUUGUAAUACCUUUGUACAUAUGCAUACAGUAACGAAUAUUGUAUUCCAAAUAUAAUAUUAGAAACAUUUUAAAACUA